GCGAGGCAAAGAUCCAGCGAAUGCCGGCCUCUUCCAACCAUCGUUCUUCUUGUCUUUCAUUUCCAACUAAAAACCAAAAUUUUGUGAAAAUUUAGUCCCUAAAUUUAGAAAUAAUUCAUUUCGGGUCCCUGGAACUCCUUCUCCUCGGAGAGCCAAUCCUCAAUCUCGAAACCCUAAAUCCUCCCCCAAUUCCCUCUUCCUUCGAUCUCUCGUCGAAGGUGGAGGAUUUGGAUGCUUUUGGCGAUCGAUGGAAUUGCAGACACCUUCGGGUUGCUGUUCUUGUGCUUGUGUUCACUGUGGACCGCGGGAGACAUCCAUUUGGCGACGAUCGAUGAAGCGGAAGCUUGAUGAAUGGGAUGGGAUUGGCGUGGCUGCGACUCCGGCUGCGGCGGUGAGAGUGGAGGUGGAGAAUGAGGUUGCGGCUCUCCGGGAGGCGGUGGCAAAGCAGCAGGAGACGAUUCAGGAGUUGUGCGCGGAGUUGGAUGAGGAGAGGAACGCGGCGGCGUCGGCGGCGAGCGAGACGAUGUCGAUGAUCUUGCGAUUGCAGCGUGAGAAGGCUGAGGCGCAGAUGGAGGCUCGGCAGUUUAAGAGAUUCGCGGAGGAGAAGAUGGCGCAUGAUCAGCGCGAGAUCGUGUCCCUUGAGGAUCUCCUCUUCCGCAAAGACCAGGCUCUUCAGUCCCUCUCAUUUGAGGUCCAGGCUUACAGGCAUCGUCUUCUCAGCCUUGGCUAUCCUCCUGAAGAUCUGGUUAGUGAUCCUGGAACGCCGGGGUCUCCUGCCUUUGGGUACGAUUGUCAGUAUCCUCCGUUGAGGUGCAGUCCGCCGGGGGACGUGGAUCACGAGGAUGAAGCGCCGAUCUUGAGACUAGGCAGGGGCCUGGAGCGCCGGAUUUAUGAGCUGGAGAACAUGGCCGCAAGCGGCGGUGCUGUCACCGAGAAGGAGGUGGUGGAACCGUCCUCAAAACAUCAUUCCACGAAGUCAUCAGACCGCGGCUCUUGCUCAGAAUCCCGGACAAGCUCUGGCUUGGUUUUUGAUAAUGGAGUUCAGAACAGCAACGAAAGGGUGGAGGAGGAGGAGCUUCCCGCUUCGGGGGAUCAUGAAUCAGAGGGCGAUGGAGGAAGCGAUAGGGUGUACACCAUUGAUGCAGUACAUGUGCCUGUUGGGGUUAGCAAUGACGACUACGGGGCAAUGCCAAACGAUGUGGGGAAGCUUGGGGAAUUUGCUGGUAGUGGCGGUGGUGAAGAAACAGAUAUAAAGAAGCUUUACAUGAGGUUGCAAGCAUUGGAGGCUGAUCGGGAGUCAAUGAGGCAGGCUAUAAUUUCCAUGAGGACCGAGAAGGCGCAAUUGGUGCUUUUGAGGGAGAUUGCUCAGCACUUGUGUAAAGAAGCGGUGGUGCCGGAGAGAAAGGUUGUGAAAAAGCAGCAAUCUUUGAUUAAGAGCUUUUCGAUCAUGUCUAUAGUGAAGUGGAUCCUGUCCUUCAUCUUCUGGAGAAAGAAAGCAGCUCGAUCCAAGUAUACAUUCGGUCAAACAAACAAUAACGUCGGCUUAUUACUUCUCUUGGACAAAUCUCCACGAAUGAGGCAUUGGAGCACGACGACAUGACUAUGGAAAUCUCCUACGUUCUCUGAGAGAUUUAGCUUGGAAACACGACGUUGCACUGAGUAUAAACUAUGGAAUGAAUCUCUGUAAGAUGACUUUGCUUGAAGUGCAUUUUCUUUUUCUUCUGGAUUUCAUGUGAUUCCUGUAUUUGUUCAUAUGUUUCUCUUGUAACUAAUAUAGUUCUUCA